CAUUUUGCGCCAAUGUCAGUGUUUUUUUCCCUCACUUUCUAAAGUCAAUUGUGUCUGAUUACAAGCACCUGCUGUGUGAGAAGGCAACACAGCAUCUAAUACAGGAAGCUGUUUAGUCCCUUACAGUGUGGCACCUUUCACAAGAGGCCCAAAGAGCUCUGAACUGCAGUAAAGCCAUGAACAGCCCGCCAAGCCCUUCUCCUGGCAGAUGGUUCAAAUCACUACGUAGGACCAGGCUAGGUGAGCCGUGCUUGAAGACGUACCCUCUACAGUACGAGGAUCUGCUCAAGAGAGCUCGGGUGUCAUUCCAAGCAAAGCGGAGCAUCAAGGAGAACUUCAGGCUAGCCCAGCUAGAGGCCGUGGUGCGAAUGUUGGAGGAACAUGAGUGUGACUUUGUAGACGCUCUCGGGAGGGAUCUUCACAAGCCACGAUUUGAGACUAUCGUGUCAGAGUUGAUUCCGGUUAAAAACGAGGCUCUGCAUGCGAUAGGCAACUUCAAGAAGUGGAUGCAGCCGCAGCAUGUGGAAAGAAACCUGUCCGCCACUUUGGAUGAGUGUCUGGUAGUAAACGAGCCCCUGGGUGUUGUGUUGAUUGUGGGGACCUGGUGCAGUCCUGUCCAAAUGUGCCUGGUGGCACUGGUAGGGGCCAUUGCAGCAGGAAACUGUGCCAUCAUCAGUCCUUCUGUGAGCACUGCUUACACGGCAGCACUUCUUCAUCGACUCAUCCCCUCCUAUUUGGACAAUGAAUGCUUCCAUGUAAUUCUUGCAGGCAUCAAUGACCUAGCAGAUAUUGUGGAACUUAAAUUUGAUCAUGUAUUCUUUUCUGGAAUCCGAGAGGAAGGAAUUCGAAUUUCACAAGCCGCAGCUCAGUGUCUGACACCCAUCACCCUUAUUCUGAGUGGGAAGAACCCGUGCUACGUAGAUCAAUAUUGUGAUGUUACCAUCACUGCACAGCGAAUUGCCUGGGCCCGCUUCCAUAAUUCCGGGCAGAGCAUGGUAGCCCCUGAUUACAUCCUGUGCCAUUCGGAAGUAAAAACCCGUCUGGUCCAGGCGCUGAAAUGCUGCUUGAUGCGCUUCUACGGUUCUGAUCCCAGAGAAUCCACCAGUUUCGGCCGCAUGGUUAAUGUGGAUAUCUUUAACCGUGCAAAAGACUUGUUGUGGAGAUCUGGCAAAGUGGCCUUGGGUGGACAGGUGACAGAGGCAGAGAGGUAUAUUGCUCCAACCAUACUGACAGAGGUGGACGCAUCGGACCCAAUCAUGCAACAAGAUAUUUUUGGCCCGGUUCUUCCGGUUCUCUCUGUAAACGACGUGGACGAGACGAUUGCCUUCAUCAACAAACAAGAGAAACCCCUGUGUGUGUACGUUUAUUCCAACAACAGCAAGGUGAUUUCAAGAAUCAUGACUGAAACAUCAAGUGGAAGCUUCUGUUCCAACGACAGCGUCCUGCAGAGUCUGAUAGUGACUCUGCCUUUUGGAGGAGUUGGUGCUAGUGGAUUUGGUUCCUAUCAUGGGCGAUACAGCUUUGAUACGUUCUCUCAUAGAAAGUCAUGCCUGCUAAGAACCACACACUUGGAGUGUAUCACCUCCCUGCGCUAUCCCCCCUACGAUGACCGCAAUCUGUCUCUCAUGACGUGGGCCAGCAGUCUUUCCUGGAAGAGCCAAGGCUGGUGUCAAAUCCUAUGACUUGAGCUGAAUUUCUAUUCAGUUUAAUGUAACAAUGCCCCAAAAUUAAGCACACAUCCUUUGAAAUGUGGAGGAACAUUGAUUAUCUGACCUUGAAUGCCAAGAAGACAGCUCAAAUGUGAUGUAUUUCAUUACAUAAUUGUCUUAUAACAAUGUAAGUGGAUGUUGAUUUUGAGAAAUCGUAUAUUUUCACUGAAAGGUUCAUAUAAAGAGUCGCCCACAUAAAUGUUUUGAGCAUGUUUAAUUACAAAAUAUAUGGAUGAAUCAGGUAUUACUCAGGUCUUUUGUAGAUGAUUUCCUUGUUGUUUUCUUUGAGGGCAGCGUAUCUGGCCACUGUGAAAAGGUAGUCGCUUAGUCUGUGUGGAAUACAUUGACGCGAUAAUCAGGUUUAUGCUCGAAUAAUGCAUGCUGUAUUGUUUUCGAGAAUAGAUAACUAUGAUAAUUACCUAUUCAAAAACCUGCCAAUCUCUGGAUCAGCCUCUCCGGAGCGCACUAUUGGAGCAACA